AUGUCUGGCAGUUUGUAUCCCCAGCUGCCGGACGUCUCGGACAUUUCGGACGAUCCCAAGUCACCAAGCAGUUCGGUCCCUCCCAAAUCUCAGUCCAAACGUAGAUGGGAGGAGGACGCACCAUCAGACAAGGAUGGGAUUCCGCAGCUGACAGACAAACCUCGCGAAGAAACGGAGAAACCGAACGAGCCACCAAGUCAAACCUAUAACCAUGGCAAAGGCUCAAAGACCGUCCAGAAGCCCCUUGCCGACUGCAGUCCGGAUUUCCGUUUUGCCCUAGAACAGACGACCGAAUCGGAAGUACGCCAAUUGCGAUCAACCUUGCGUGAAUUCACUCCAACAGAGGUUCAAGAAUUUAUUGACAAGGAGAAAAAGACUGAACACACCCGUCACACCCUCUUUGAUCGCGUAUACCAACAACUCAGUGGAAUAAGGAGACUCAAGUCCGGCUCUGAGCCUACCCAGGAAGAAAAUAACAACAUCACCAAAGAGAUCGAGUCUUACGUUGAUGCUAUUAUGGACUCUAUUGGGGAUGCAAUCGUCAAGGCCAUGGACGACGACCGGAAUCAACGGAAGCAGAAAGCGCUGAACUAUCUGCAUGCCCACCCCUUCCCAACGCCCACUCCCGACCAACUUAAAGCUAAGGCCCAAGGUGAAUGGGACGAAAUGCGAGCCAAAAAUUUAAAGGAGUCCAUUGCCGGCUGGGAUCCAGAUCUCCGUUCAGCCGUGGAGAAGGCGUCUGGGAUAGAAACAGCCAAACGACGAUUGGAUUGGGAGGGAAUUGAACGAUCUGGCAUUGGGACGACGUCAAAUUCCGGUUCUGAGCCCACCGAUGAAGAGGUGAGAGAGCAGGUCAUGUCGCACAGCGGUUCUAUCGCAAGCUACUUCGGAGACGCAAUCACCAAGGUCUUAGAAGACGACAAGAAAAAGUCCGAGGGCCUUCAUACUCCUCAACAGAAGCGGAAGGCGGUGAAUCGCGUUCUCAAACUGAUGAAGCAGAAUGCUUCAUUCUACAAGCUGCUUGGUGUAAAGCCGAGUGCCAUCGAAGCAGAGAUCAAAAAAGCCCAGAACAAUAUCGUGAUUACACUUCAUCCAGACCAGAACAAGGACGAAGCUGCGGAGGAAUGUAGUAAAGUCAUCAACGGCGCGGCGCAGACCCUUUGCGACGAGCGGAAGAGUAACCAAUACGACACUUUUCUCAAGAAUAACCCUCCUCCCGACGAUGCGGAUACCUUCGACGAGGAAUUUGAUCCCGGAGCGUUCGAUGAUGGUGAUGAUGACAGCGACGACGCAAUGGACGAUGACGACGAUCCAGACAGCGAAGAGGACGAGGAAGCCAACUACCCACGUCCCUCAAAGCAAGUCCAGAAAGCGCAUGCCGCUAUAGGCGACAGGAUCAUUAAACCAUUCUUUAGGGAGUUCGACGGCCCUAUCAAAGUAGCCCAGCUCGCCAGGGCUCUAUCUCGACAUGAUCAGACCAUCCAGGACGACAAUCAAAAAAAUAAACGACCUGAUCUUGACUUGUUCAUAGUGCCCCCUAAGAAGCUGCUAGCUUGUCAAUACAGACAGCGAACAAUUGUUGAGUAUUACAAAGGCGGGUUGACCAAACCUGAACGGGUGCAGAAGGACCUACAGUCGCUGCAGGAUUACUUCGUGAAGACUCGAAGGCGAGGUCUUUACCAAUGGCCAGAGGCGUGGACUGAGCUUCUCAUGAAGCCUUUGCGGAAGCGACUCGGUGACCUAGGGCUGCCCAACGAGCAAGCUGAGACGAAACCAACCACGGAGAAGCCCGAGCAAGCUAAAUCCAGUCAACCCCGGUCGGCUCAAGGGAAUUCCACCAAGGGGUCGACUUCAGAGGACACAGAGAUGCCAGAUGCCGCCGCCAAUGACGGGCCGCCGCCUCAAGAAACACCAGUCCAGCAAAAAGAACUAAGGGACUUGGCCUAUUCGUAUCCCCUCCGAGGUAGAGGCGGCUUUUUCAGCUUUAAACUGUUCGUCGAGGUUGAAGGGCCUAAUCCGCUCAAGGUGAAGCGGUCCGACGAGGUCGAUGAUGAUCAAAUACUGGGAUGCCGCAGAUCGCAGAGUUUACACAACAUUAAGAAAAAAGAGAUGAUGUACCGUAUGCUUAAGGAGACAGACUUCGUACGGAUCAAAGGCGUGACGUGGUUGCCGGAGACCGGGACUGACGAGCGGACAUGCUGGACUUGGGUCUGGGUCGAGAUACGGAAUGUUUCUGACCACGAACGAGCCCAUUAUGAGCCGGUCGGCCCUGCGCGACUGGCUUACCAAGAAAAUGGCCGAUAAGAAGAUCGAUGAGUUCGUGGUCGCGAAGAGAAUCAUUCCACCCUUUAUCAUUAAC